AUGAUCACUACGUAUCUGGAAACCCGCUACGUGGACCGCGCGAAGCUGAACGACUUGCUGCAGGGCCUAUUCGGGCAGGAAUACAGCGUGGAGAGUUCGGGAGACACAAUCUCAGUGGAGGCACCUAGAGCGCUCACAGAGGUCGACCCAUUAUCACGGAACGCGUCCUGUCCGGGCUGGAUUAAUUAUGCAACGCAGCCUAUGAGCAUGGCCUCCGGAUAUGUGUGGAAGGAUUUCGAGUUCAAACUCCCGGGCCUCUUCGUCGAUGCAACCGAGAGCAGGGUCGGCGUGGUUGUGGCAAACAGAGAUCAGAAUCAAUGGGCAAGCUCCCGAGUUGUGCGCUGCUUUGGAAGAAGGAAAGCUAAUAAUGUUCAUGUCAUCUUGCUGUAA